UAACGUUCAUUUGGCCGCUCGCGAGCGAAGUGUAGGGUUUUUGGUGCUUCUCUCAGUUGAGUCCUCCGAGCUCCGUAAAAAUGACUAAGAGAACCAAGAAGGCGGGUAUUGUUGGGAAGUAUGGUACACGUUAUGGGGCUAGUCUGCGGAAGCAGAUUAAGAAGAUGGAAGUUAGUCAGCAUAGCAAGUACUUCUGCGAGUUCUGUGGGAAGUAUGCAGUGAAAAGGAAGGCUGUUGGAAUUUGGGGAUGCAAAGAUUGUGGCAAAGUCAAAGCAGGCGGUGCUUACACAUUAAACACUGCAAGUGCUGUGACGGUUAGGAGCACAAUCCGAAGGCUGAGGGAGCAGACCGAGAGUUAAAUCUGCAUAGAAAUGUGGAAUGAGGCAUCCUUGGUGCAAACUUCUUUAGAAUGAAUGGGAUUUCUAUGUUCAAUUUUGUUAUUUGGUUAGAUACUCAGUUGCAGAACUUUCAAUAUUGAAUCAAAUUUUAGCUGUUAAUGGUGACAACUCAUUUAUAAACCAUUUGAUGUCCUUAUCUUGUUGGUCUAUGGUGUCAUUGGUGUGGGCAUAUGAUACAUUCAGAUGCUCCUGAUUAGUAUCUUUUUAAGCAGUGUUUUUCUAUCA